CAAUAGUUUUUGUUUGUAUUUUUAAGUAGCUCAGCAACGUGAAUAAAAUUUUGUAAUAUUUCGCUUAAUGAAAAUUACUGUUGCUAUUAAACUCUUUUACAUGUAUUAAAUAUAUAUAUUGUGCUGAAACAUUCUAGAUUCGCUUUCGCUGUAUUGUUUCUUUGAUAAGCGUUAUCCAACUGCUAAGAGUGUGCGAAAGACAAAUUAUUGUGUGUUUUUCUACCUUUACCUGUAGUUUAAUAGUUUAACUUAACACGAUGACGGAACUUAUGCCAGCCGAUGAGCCCGAGCACGAGCGAAUCAAAUCAGUCCUAAGUGGUUUUCAAAUCAAUUACAUGAAUUUGCGAGAUGUAGACACAGGUAAAGUUCUUUGGCAGCAUAAUGAAGACAUGUCAAAUCCGGAUGUCGAGCAUGAGGCGAGGGUCCCCAAACGAAUACUCAAGUGUCGGGUUGUAUCCCGUGAGAUGAACUUCAGCUCUAUAGAGUCCAUGGACAAGUUUCGGUUGGAACAAAAAGUAUUAUUCAAAGGGAGAUGUCUGGAAGAAUGGUUUUUCGAGUUUGGCUAUGUGAUACCUAAUUCCACCAACACUUGGCAAUCCAUCAUAGAGUCGGCACCAGAAUCACAGAUGAUGCCUGCUAAUGUUCUAAAUGGUAAUGUCGUGAUCGAAACAAAAUUCUUCGACGGAGAUUUGCUGAUAACAACGUCGCGUGUCAGAUUAUUUUACGUUUAAUGAACCCGUCUGUGUAAAGCACUUCUGAAUACAAUGACUUGUAUGUAUACUACUAGAACUUUUGUACGGAUUUAAGAAAUUACGAAAUAAUUUUUAUUUAUAUUUCUGUACAGUUAAGUCAGCCAAUGACGAUCAGUUUUAUCAGACGUCAAGCCGUUAGCGCUAUAGGCAUGUGAGAUUACUUGAUCGUCAGUGGCUGACAUUACAGAAAAAAUAACACAAAGAUUUACAAAUGUAACAUGAAUAUACCUUGAUUUUGGUUAAUUAACGGUAGGUUAAAUUAUUAUGUGUUUUUUGGGAAACUUGAAAAAUUAAUUUAAUUUUACUUAAAAAUAAGUAUCUAAGAAUGGAUAUUUAUAUGAAAUAAAUCCCCGCGGUUUGACCCGCGUAUUUCUCAUGAGAAUACGGGGAUAAAAUAUAGCUUACGUUCAAUGGUGUUAGAAGAAGAAAAAAGAGGCAUAUAGGUUAUACGCGACCGUAAGUAACACGGUAAAACUAUGCUAAUUAGCAAACCUGAGCUCAGUCUCAUGUGGUUUAUGUAACCUAUGUACCUCUUUUUUCUUCUAAUAUCAUUGUUUACGUUACUUGAUGAAGAAGUAGUACAUCCACAUGAUGAAAAUAUUUCAAAAGUGUUUGAGUAGUUUUUAAGUUGAAUCAACAAAUAAACGAAAUAUCAAAUCUUACCUCUUUAGUAUUAUAUAUCAAAUAAAAGUAAUUCCAAAAAUCAGUUAAUAUUUCAAUUGUUAAAAUCUAGAAGUAUACAUGGAGGUCAAUUUAUAGCAUUUAUCCAUUGGCCUCUUAUAAUAAAAAGACGCACAAUCAUGUAGAAAAUUUCAUUUAAAAACUGGCUUUGACAGUUUUAGGAAAUUAUAUAUUGGUAAAGAAAAUUAUACCUAAAGGACUUUAAAUAUAGUCCAAUAUUCAAUAAAGUCCCAAAUUCAUAGCGAAUUAAACCUUAGGUUGAAUUUGUAAAUGCGACUACUUGAAUUGAGUGCCAAGGAGUUGUGUUUGGCACUCAUUGAGUGGGGACGUUUCUUGGUUGCUGAUUGUGCAUCCACUUCUUUAUAAGAGAUGCAUUUACCUAAUAUUUUGUUUAAAUAAUAAUGUAUUAGAUUUGUAAACACAUUUUAAUGUAUUUAUUACCUGACUCAAUAAUUGUUGUUUUACCUUAUAAGUCACACACAAGGGUAUUCGAAAUAGUUUGGCAGAUUCUCAGACCUAUCCGAUAUGCACACGAAAUUUCAUUAAAAUCGAGCCAGCCAGCUGUUUCAGAGGAAUUUGGUAACAAACACCGGGACACGAGAAUUUUAUAUAAUUAUUAGAUUAGAUGUAACAAAUAUAAUGUCUUUUAAAGAUAUUAGCUAGUAAAUUGAAUCUGAAAUUAUCCUUAUUAACGCUAUUUAAGAACUGGUUUAAUAAACUGUAAACUACAAGUUGCAAACAACGUAGCAUUUAUUUUGUUUAGAUAAAUGAAAUUAUUUGAGUUUGUAAAUGCAUUUUUUAUUUUAAUAUUUUUUUAAGUAUAAAUAAAAUGUCCUCUAAUUUUUAUUAUCAGUAUUUUUAAAUAUUAAAUGUUCUUAAACAUAUAUUGCUUCUUUAGAAUUAUAAAAAAAAACAUUAACUUGUAUGAAUACAAAAUUUGUUCCAAAGAUACACGAAAUAAAUGUUAAAGAAGUUGUGUUCUAGUCAAAGUAUUUAUAUUACGUUCGCAUGCAAAAUUAACCCCUUUUUGUGGAUACAGAAAAAUGAAGUCGAUAAUUAGCGCCACCUGUUGCGAUGUGCACAAUAGCAUAAAAGCAACCUAUAUCCAUAGACAAUAUAAAUAUAAUACCAACAAACAGCGCCAUCUAGUGCCUUGUUGAAUCAACGUAAUAUACUUUAUCCUAGCCAAUGGAAUACUAUAGUCCGAGGUUUAUCACUGAAAUGUUAUUUUACUAGUAAAAUAACAUUUCAGUGACAAUAAAACUUGUCAAUUUAAUUUUAUUAGAGCCAUACACGUUGUGCACUGUUAACCAACAAAGUACCAACAAAUUAGAAAUGAAGGUAAAUACGCAUGUCAUUUUAUAACAUAUUUAUUUUAAAUUAUUGUAUUAUUAUUUUAUAAAAUAUUAUCCAAAAUACAUACAUUGACUACAAUAUUUAAUUGUCUUAACCUUAUUAUUCAAAUUAAUUUAAUAGGUGUGAAAUGGCUUGGGAUUUAUACCCUCAUUUUUAAUUCGUUUUUUGGUAAAUAGUGCACAUCGAGUACAGCAUAAGUACUUUGCUUGGAGUAGUUGGAUUAGCUUUGGGUUUUAAAAGCAACAUUGAAAUGUUAUGAAUUACUAAAUUUAUUAACAAUAAUAAUAAAAUCUCAAUCCUACAGUACCUAUUGCUGACAUAAGCUGAUAAUAGCCGGCGAGUAAUGUGUUUGUCUAUUCCUUCGCUCACUACCCCCAAACUAUAGGAUCUCUAUUUAGCAAUUAAAAUGAAUUCUGCAAACCAAAAAGUUGCAUUUAUUUUACCUUUUCAGAUAACUUAGGCCUGUUGGCCUAAUCACUAUUUUGGUCUUUAUUAUUAACCUAUAAAAAAAAAACAAAUAAAUGGAGAAAUGUCAUCUAUCUUCUUGUAUAGUACUAACUGUAGGUCUUCAAAUUUAUAAAUAGAAAUAUUUAUCAUUAUCAGCCUUUUAUAACAUCAACAGCUUCUGUGUUAUUUUGUAAGAAUAAUGUUUUUAGGGUUCCGUAGUCCACAAGGAACCCUACUUAAAUUAUUAUGGUGUACAAGUAAAAAUUAAUGUUAUUAAAACUUAAGGGAAUAACAAAAUAAAUGCCUAAA